UCACCAUCACAUCCACAGAGGAAGAAGAAGAAGAAGAAGGUGGCAACAUGGCGGCGCUCAGUGCUGCACUGCUUGGGUUUCGACAUGGACUAAAAACUGCGGAUCCUAAAACUGCGUUAGGGCUUAAAAUGUUGUCGUGUAGUUUAUCAGCAGGGAAAAACACUGACCAGGUCACAAAAGCUCAGUUCACAGAUGCUGAAGUUCAGGACAUUUUGAAGAGAAUCACAGGUUUGGAUUUGAAUAAAGUUUUCCGUCCAAUUAAACAGGAGCUUAAACCACCAAAGUAUAAACUUCUGACUGAUGCUCAGCUAAAGGAGGCAGUGAAGAAGGCAGAGGAAGAGGCCCAGAAGUUGCUGCAGAUGCCUCCAGUUUUACCAGAAAGGCAACCCAUCAGUGAUGUCCUGUGUGAGGAUGAGAUACUGGAGGGAAUGGACACGGCCAAAUACGUCUUCACAGACAUCACCUACAACAUCCCACACCGAGAGCGGUUUAUUGUUGUGAGAGAGCCGAGUGGGGUCCUGCGCAAAGCAUCAUGGGAAGAAAGAGACCGGCUCAUACAGGUUUAUUUCCCCAGGGAGGGUCGCAAGCUCACAGCGCCACCUAUCUUUAAAGAAGAAAACCUCAAGGUUGUUUUUGGGCAAAACAGACACGAGGAGGUUCUGAACUACUGCCUGGUCCAGUUUGAACCCGACUCUGCAGAUUUCAAGCGGGUACACACACUGACCUACGAGGACAUCGAGCAACACGGGAAAUAUGAGCUCCUCAGAUCCACCUGUUUAUUUGGAGGUCUUGUGUGGUUCCUCGUCAGCAGCCGCAGAACAGACGGACUGUUGCUGGACAUGCUGCAGAGAGAGCGGCUGCAGGAGGCAGUGGAUUUGGUUCAGCUGUUUAAACUGAUUCAUCCUCAGAGUGACGUAGCGUUAAAGAGCAAACAAGCCACAGGCAUCGACCUGCUCAAGGUUUAUGCUGAUUGUGAGUCUCAGAAGCCUGCGAUCAAGUUGGCUUUGCAGUCAUAUGAGCAGGUGACGGCGGCGAACUCGGUUUAAACUGAAACUGUACCAGAGUUCGGCAUCACGUCCGACAUCACUGUAUUAUAAAUAAACCAUUCUGUAAGACUGAAACUGAAUAUUAAUUAUUGUGUAAAACUGUUAAUAAAUCAUCUGUGUGUCA